AUGUCCGGCAAAGGCUCCGUGGUGCUGGCCUACAGUGGCGGCCUGGACACCUCCUGCAUCCUUGUGUGGCUGAAGGAGCAAGGCUAUGACGUCAUUGCCUACCUGGCCAACAUCGGCCAGAAGGAAGACUUUGAGGAAGCCAGGAAGAAGGCGCUGAAGCUUGGGGCCAAGAAGGUGUUCAUCGAGGACGUGAGCAAGGAGUUUGUGGAGGAGUUCAUCUGGCCGGCCGUCCAGUCCAGCGCGCUGUACGAGGACCGCUACCUCCUGGGCACCUCCCUGGCCAGGCCCUGCAUCGCCCGCAAACAGGUGGAGAUCGCCCAGCGGGAGGGCGCCAAGUACGUGUCCCACGGCGCCACGGGCAAGGGCAACGACCAGGUCCGCUUUGAGCUCACCUGCUACUCGCUGGCCCCCCAGAUCAAGGUCAUCGCCCCCUGGAGGAUGCCCGAGUUCUACAACCGCUUCCAGGGCCGAAGCGACCUGAUGGAGUACGCCAAGCAACACGGCAUCCCCAUCCCGGUCACCCCCAAGAGCCCGUGGAGCAUGGACGAGAACCUCAUGCACAUCAGCUACGAGGCCGGGAUCCUGGAGAACCCCAAGAACCAAGCCCCUCCAGGCCUGUACACAAAGACCCAGGACCCGGCCAAGGGGCCCAACGCCCCUGAUGUCCUGGAGAUCGAGUUCAAGAAAGGGGUCCCUGUGAAGGUGACCAACGUCAAGGAUGGCACCACCCACCGCACGGCCUUGGACCUCUUCGUGUACCUGAACGAGAUCGCGGGCAAGCACGGCGUGGGUCGCAUCGACAUCGUGGAGAACCGCUUCAUCGGGAUGAAGUCCCGCGGUAUCUACGAGACCCCAGCAGGGACUGUGCUCUACCACGCGCAUUUAGACAUCGAGGCCUUCACCAUGGACCGGGAGGUGCGCAAGAUCAAGCAAGGCCUGGGCCUCAAGUUCGCGGAGCUGGUGUACACCGGCUUCUGGCACAGCCCCGAGUGCGAGUUCGUCCGUCACUGCAUCGCCAAGUCCCAGGAGCGCGUGGAGGGGAAGGUCCAGGUGUCCGUCUUCAAGGGCCAGGUGUACAUCCUGGGCCGCGAGUCCCCGCUGUCCCUCUACAACGAGGAGCUGGUGAGCAUGAACGUACAGGGUGACUACGAGCCGAUCGACGCCACUGGGUUCAUCAACAUCAACUCCCUGAGGCUGAAGGAGUAUCAUCGCCUCCAGAGCAAGGUCAGCGGCAAAUAG